AUGGUCACGGUGCUCGUCCUCAACUUGGCAUGCGUCAUCUCGGUCGGCAGUACGAUGCCCAAUCACGUCCUCAAAACAGACAAGUUUAUUCUAUCGACGGUCGCGUGGCCCACCAAGCAGCUCAUCAACCUCGGCAUCUUCUUCAGUGCGAUUGGCGGCGCCCUUCAAAACCUCACGGGGCACCCGCGCAUGCUCGCGGCCAUGGCCAACGACAAUGUGAUUCCAUUUCUGCGGCCGUUCGCGGCCAAAGACUCGGACGAGCCACGAAAGGCCGUGGGGUUGAUCCUCGCUAUGUCGUGUCUUCCGUGCAUUGCUGGGAACCUGGACUUUUUAGCGCCGUUCCUGACCAUGUCGAGUCUGAUGCUGUGCGCGACGCUCAAUUUUGCGUGCUUUUCGAUGGCGUUGGGCCACGCCCCGGGCUUUCGUCCCAAGUGGCACUACUUUCAUUGGUCGACCGCGCUGCUCGGUAGCAUGGGCAGCAUCGGCCUCAUGCUCUUCUUCUCGUGGACCAAAGCCAUCUUGGCCAUCCUGCUCUGCGUUCUAAUUCGACUCUACGUGCGCUGCCUCGGCUUCAAGAAGGACUGGGGCUCGUCGAUUCGGGGCAUGCACCUCGAACUCGCGUGCUGGCUCUUGCAUCUCCCGUCGAGCCCGCGACUGCUCGACUUUGCGAGCCAGCUCAAAGAGGGCCACGGGCUCGUCGAGGUCGUCAACUUGCUCGCAGGCAAGGACGACACGACGUACGAUGUGGCGUCGGAAGCCACGCACCGACUCCGAGCGCACUUGCUUGGUGCGCACAUCGCUGGUUUCGGUCACGUGUACGCAUGCAAGAACAUUCUCAAGAGCAUGGGCACCGUCGCGGAAGCCUCGGGCAUGGGUCCGCUGCGCAGCAACACGGUGCUGCUUGGUUGGCCCAAAGCGGCUGCGACGCGCGACCCUGCGUUUCUUGACGACUAUGUUGACAUGCUCCACGAGAUCAUCAACUGUAAGAAAGCGCUGCUACUGGCCAAAGGCCUCGCCUCCUUUCCGUCUAACGACGACAGUCGGCGCGGCACGGUCGACAUUUGGUGGGUCCUCCAUGACGGCGGGCUCCUCCUACUGAUCCCGUACCUUCUUCGGUUGCAUUUCGUAUGGCGCAAGAGCAAGCUUCGGCUCUUCACGGUUGUCUCGAUGAAGGAAGAUGCUGGCGAGAUUGCGGCGCGCCUCGCCGACUUUUUAGAAGGGGUCCGCAUUGAAGCAGAGGUCCACGUCGUGCCACUGCGGAAUGCAACGAUCUCGUCGCUCCUCAUCAAGCGCACCAAGGACGAGUUGUUGAAGAAGAAGGAAGCGCUUGCCGCCAUGAAGGUGACGACCAUGUCCUUCGCCAUCCGCGACGGCUACGAGCAGCUCGUGGACGACCUCAGCAACGUGGGCACGGCCAUCGACGACGACGAGCGGUCCCGCGGGAAGCGCUUUGCCGCGUCGCCACCACCGACCUCGUCCGACACGCGCCUCGUGCACGCCCAGCUCAUGAACCAGCACAUGCUUGAGCACUCGGGCGACGCAUCGCUCGUCGUGGUGAACCUCCCGCGCCUCAUCGGCGUCCCCGCACUCUGCUUUGUGACGUACGUUGAAGCGCUGACACAGCACCUACCGGCGGUGCUACUCGUGCGGGGCAGUGGCCGCGAAGUCGUGACCUUGAACGCCUGA